GAAAUUGCAAAUAAAAAUGAGACGUUUUAUAAGGGAACUGCGAAUUAUUUUUAUUCAUCAUCAUGGAACUGGUUCGAGGCUUGGAAUGGAGGGUGGUGGGAGGAUAUAUAUAGAGCAAAUGAUGGUUAUUUAUAUGAUUAUAUGUUAAAUUACGAUUCUGAUGAACGGAAAGAAAAAUACGGAGUUUGUUCUGUUUGUAAAAUGUUUAAUACAAGUUAUAAAUGGUGUAAGUCUUGUGACUCUAAAUUACUAUCUCAAAGUUGGACUAGCUGUGGUAAUAAAGAAUUAGAUGAAAUAAUUAGAGAUACUGAUGAACGACAAUUUUUGGAAGAUGCUGAAACAACUAAACAUCCGAACCAAAUGUACACAAGCAAAUUUAUAGACACGCAAGCAAUUACCAAAUAA